CAGCAGCAGGAGCAGCAGUGUGGCUGGAGCUGAGCUGGAGCGCAGAGCUCGCGAGCGCUGCUCGAGCUCAGAGACACGCACGAGACCACCGGACUGAACACACACACACACACACACACACACACUGGACGGAACUUCUGUACUGGACUGAAGGAGAGACAGAGAAAGAGAGAGAGAGGAAAGAGCUACUGGAAACACUGGGAGAACUGGAGUUCAAGUCAAACCUCCAAAAACCUUAAUCAGAGGUCAAACUGUCUCGAAGUUGGACCAGUCGCUCCAAGCCUGGCUCCAAGAAUCCAACAACGACGGCGGCGGCAGCAGCAAUCAGAAAGCAAACAACCAACGCAAAACCAAUCUCCACCUCAAGAUGACCUUGCCUGGAAAGACUCUUGAGUAGAGUAAGUUCUGUCAGAGUUAGAGGACAAAAAGAAAGACUGGAGCUUUCUAUUUCUGCUGCUCUGUGGCGCAAAGAACAUCUCAUUUGGAACAAGUGUUUUUUUUUUGGAAGGAGGCGAAAGGAUUUCCCCGUGCCCUUCCCAUUUUAAUCCAGUGGUUGAAUAAAUACCGUGUGGAGAUAUCAACUUUUCCUCGUUCCGGAAGUGUCCAGAUUGGAGACUAGGCGUAACAAAGGAAGUACAGCAUGGAUAUCUUCAGUAGGAACAUGCCCAAUUGGAUGUUUUGAACUUUUUGCUCUCUACUUUUAUAGACUACUUUUAUCUCUAAGCAACAACAAGUCUUACGAUUAUCUCCACACCUCCAAACCACUUGUUGUACAACCACUUGUAGACCAAGCACAGCUGAAUAGCAGCUAAAUGGGUGGGACAAUUGGCCUAUCUGAAGAAAAUUAGAGAAACUUAGAUAUAAAAUAAUGAGCUGAAUGAUUGAGCAGCCCUUAUUUAUCCCCCCGUUGUGUUUUUUUCAACGUUUUUUUUAUUUUUGUGUAGUGCGUUGUAGUUUGAAAUCGACUAUUAGUCGACACUAAUAUUUGCAGCCGAAGAUUUUUAAUAGAUUUUUAUUUUAUUAGAUUAUCUUUACUAUUUGUUGCAGCCUUAUCCAACUCUGACCCCCAUUUAAACCCAAAUUUCCAAAAAGUUUAAAUCAAACUGGCCAAAAAAAUGCCUUGCCCAUUUUAAUCCAGUGGUUGGGUAUAUACCGUGUGGAGAUAUCAACUUUUCCUCAAUCCGGAAGUGUCCAGAUUGAAAACCAGGCGUAACAAAGGAAGUACAAAGAAAGUACAGGAAGUAUAGUCAUCCCAGAGCAACAAAUAAGUUGAUUACGAUUAACUCCAGACCUCCAAACCACUUGUAGACCUGUAGACCAAGCCUGUAGACCAAGGCUGCCAUUGGAUGCCGCUGCCUUUUCCCACAAGAACCCUAAGAAGCAAUGAAGCCACUAACGCCCAUUGGUUCCCCCUCGCCCCUGCGACUCCUCAACAAGGGUCCGGACUACCUUCGGCGGCAGAUCGACAGCGGGAGCCGCGGCGGCUCCACCAUCAGCGCCGUGGAGAGACUCGAAGCUGACAAAGCCAAAUACGUCAAGACCCAGCAAGUGAUCAACACCAAGCAGGAGCCCGUACUGGUGCCCUGUGGAACUCCACCGCCCCAGCCACGCCGCAACUUCACAGUACCCGUCACCUCCACGCCGGUCCUGCCACGGCGGCCGCUGGUUACUGCCACGCCCGGUCCACCCAGGGUUCCAGCAACUCAGUCCAGCGACGACAAUGAGGACGACUCCAGGAAGGAAAACCGGCGAGACCCAGAGCUUCAGAACUGCAACAACUUCAACCGGCUGCCUCCGCUAGUCCCGAGGAGCCCCGUCAGGGCAGCUCUGGUGGCGCCUCAUAGUGCCCCCAUUCUGCGGAGAAGUACGGGAAAGCGUAUGCUGCGGCCAGAUUCGCUCGUCAUCUACAGGCAGAAGAAAGAGUGCAAGAGUCCCAACAAUAGCGGAAGUAGUGGAACCAUGAGCUCGGAGGUGAAGGGGUACAGCUUCGUCCGACGCCUCUUUCAGGGGUCCAUGAGAGAGAAGAACUCGAAGUCGACAAUCAGCGAGGAAAAGGGUUCGUCUCGAGACGGCGACUCGCGCAUGUCGUGGUCAAUCGACCGGGACAUUUCUGAUGGCGGCACCGAGACCAGGAGGUCGAGCAGGACGGCAGAAUCCAACAACGGCAACAGCGGAUUCCUAGAGCCUUCAAAUCCCAUCGUGAAUACCUUCCGAGACGUGCCAGACAACGGGAAUGGGAAAAUCCAGAACCCUUGGCUUCGGGCGAGCUUGCGACGCUCCGAAUCGGACCUUCACCUCCGUGUCUCGGUAGCUCUUUCCGAGCAGGAGCGCUUCUUUGACUUUUGCGGACUUGACCGAGACAUGGUGGACCGUCUUGGGGCUGAGAACUUCCUCUCGGGGGGUAGUUCGGCCGACUCGCUCUCGCUUGUCCUCCGCAGCGUAGGAGGAGGAGGAGGCGGCUCAGAACCCAGCGAGUUCUCCCGCCAUUCAGGGGAAGGGUUGGUCCAAGAGGAAGUAGCCGAGCAGGCGCCCACAGGAGUGUCUAUCAUCGAGAGGAACGCCCGAGUAAUCAAGUGGCUUUACGGCUGCAAGAACGCUACACGGGAAACGGCCAAAGGUCCAAAAGAGUCAACCGUGUAGCCAGCAGUCCUCUCAGACUAGUGGACCUCUGGCUCUUGUUUAAGGACUACAUGCAUGACGCAGGGUUGUCAUACUUCUGAUAAAGCUAAUAUGCUCUAUUUAUUUUAUUUUCAUGGUGGCAUUUUUGUGUGUGAGAGAGACUUUGAAAUAUUCAGGAAUAUUGCGGGUCCUUAUUGCAGUAGUUUGGCAAAAAAAAUUAAAUUGCACAGUUCUUCCCUUUAAUGGUUGUAUAUCUGUUUGUUGUCUGAAUUUGUUUGUCGGAAGCUUCCUAAGAGCUAAGAGGCUAAUGUAGCUCAUGUGAAAAUGUCAUAAAUGCCCUAAAUAUAAUCUAUUAACUGCGAAUCUGAAUGUGAAUGUGUAUGUGAUUCAGUUUCUACAGCCAGUUCGGAAUUGAUGACAUAUAUAUAUCUACUCAACAUUUAGUUUAAAAGUGUCUGAGAAAAAGUGAAAAUGGACAGCCCUUUAGAAGACCCUUAUUGCAAUCCAUUCCAAUCCAGGUUUAAAGUUGUUCUACAGUUCAAAGAAACCAAAGAAGUGAAAGUAAUAAUGUGUCUCUUUAGAGUCCAGCUGCAGCCAGUACAUUGGCUUGAUAGUUCCUAGGGAUUCUGGAGAAGAUGAAACCGAAACUUCACGUGAAGCGCUGCUUAUUAAUGCAUUAGCAUCAGUUUAGGAGCCUGAACUGUCUUGAAAAAUAGAAGUCCCAUAAAAAUGUAAUCUGACAAUCCUAAAAAAAAGCAUAAAACUAAACAAAAAAAAGAUUUCGGACUCUUUAUCUGCACAGUAAAUGUAGCCAUGCCUACUUUAAGCUGAUUUAUAUUAUUUUAAGGAGUCUUACAUAAUGUGGUUUAAGUAAAAUGUGGUUCACAUUGUUAUAAAAUGAAAAAAUGAUCUCAAUCCAUUACAUGUUAGCUACAUUACCCUCAUAGCUCUUGUUCACAGCUAUAGGAAGCCAACUUCAGGCACUUACAGGCACCAAACACAUAUUUUAGAUGACUUAUGGAGAAAAAACUUUUUUUUUACAGAACUAUGUAACAUUUUCUGUCAUUUUCUAGAUUUUGUGCAUUGAGCUGUAACCUGGUCAUCUCUUUUUGUUGAGCUCACUUAAAAACAUGAGUAUUGUUUCACUGUCCUGCAAAAACCUUGCAAAAUCUCUUAAAACAGCAAAUUUACAGGAACUUCAGUGGAAAUCGGUGUAAAACGAUUUUAUUCCAAGUCAUUUUGGACCAUUUCUAUUGGUCCAAUUAUCGUCAAAUUUGGUGAAAAUGUUAAGAACUACUGCCCAAUUCACAAGAAACAUCAAAAAUCGAGAUUAAAAAAAGGUUUUUGCGUGAAAUUAGCCAUAUUCUCUUUACGUUUUUUUUUGUUCUUGUUGUCUGAGAAAGCAGUGCUUUUUGCUGAUGCACAUCUCAGUGGAUGAAUAAUUGAAAACGGAGGACUACUAAGCUUUUCUUCUUCCCAGACGUGGGGAUUAAUGUGUGAGUGUGAAGUGAACCAUGUGUACCUCCUUCCCCAACUGGCCCAGUUUUCUGCCCCCCUCCCAAACGCAGGCGUUGGAACGAACGGACGGACGGCCGGACCCCCGCUCGGCAGAGCUGCUAAUGCACUGAUGCACUGAACUGGAGAGAGAGAGAGAUUUAUAUAUAUGCAAAGUGAGAUACUAUCUACUGCUACAGCUAACCGCUAAAGCUAAUCAUCAACUUCAGACCAAAGAGAGAACCACCACCAAAUAACGUUCAGACGUUUUAAACCCACCAAAUGGAACGAGUCAGCUGUGCUGAUUGGAUAAAUAAUGUAAAAUCUGGUUUCCAACACUGUUAUAUGUACAAAAAAUUAAACCCAUCAUAAAGCCUAGGGCUGCGUCCCAAAUGCGUACUACACUACACACUAAUACUACGAUUGGUCGCUGUCCAAUGAAAAACAAGUCUCUCCAGAACAGCAACUUUACAGGAGAGAGAAAAAACCUUGUAAAGUUUCAAUGGAAGUCAAUGUAAAAAUAGUUGAUUUCAGGUUAUUUUGAAGUAUUUCUAUUGGUCCAUUCACCAAGAAAAUACUUGAAAAAAGGAGAUACUUGAUUUUUAUUGGACAGAGAAGAUAUACUCAAUAUAGAUCUUAAUACAUCCCAACACAUUUUACACAUUUAUCUAAUCGGUUUACUCAAGAACUAGUUACCAUUAGUAAUUUAUACGCAAUUGUGACGCACCCAAUAUUUUUUGGACAAAGGUUCUUGGGUCCAUUUGUCUAAAACCACAUAAAUAGGAUGUCCACAUGGCUUCAGGCUAAUCUGUGAUUAUUGAAACAUGUUGUUUUGAUGCUAAUUGCAAGGUAUAAGCUAAUAUAUAGCCUAUAUUAGCAUUAGCUCUGUAGCUCCAAUUUUACCAAAGAAAUUAUUGCUGAUUGAUUACAUUUAGGAUUAGACUCCAAAAAUGACUGGUAUGUAUUAAUUGGGUAUAUUUGAGUAUACUCAACACAUUUUACACAUUUAUGUAACCAGUUUACUCAAGAACUAGUUAGCGUUAGUAAUUUGUACGCAAUUAGGACGGACCCAAUAUCGUUUGGACAAAGGUUCUUGCGUUUUUUUUUUCCAAAAUCACAAAACUAGGAUGUUUACAGGAUGUCAGGCUAAUCUGUGAUUAUUAAAACAUGUUUUUUGAUGCUAAUUGCACAGUAAGCUAAUAUAGCUCUGAUACAAACCCAAAUAUAUAUCCCAAUUUCACCAAAGAAAUCAUUGCUGAUGGAUUCAAUUUGGGAUUAGACCCUAAAACGACUGGUUCUGAGUAUGGAACAAAUCCAAAUAUACAGUACUGCGCAAAAGUUUUAGGCACCUGUGGGAAUUUCAGUAAAGAAAAAGCUUCUUAUCUGUGCAGUAAGUGUUUAUAAGCUCAGUAAAACA